AUGCCUUCAAUAAAAGCCUACACUCAGUAUGAAACGCUUGCUUUCUGUCAGUCUGUCGCCUAUCAUGGCUCCGACACAGCUGCCUUCGAGGACAUUUCGACCGCCUUGAACGGCAACCACCUCAUUCGCGACAGCGAAACAUACGAUCAGACUCGCCUAACUGCAGCUGCUUUGCGAGAGCUAUACCACGACCUUCUUGCCGAGGAGAGAAAUGCGCAGAAAAUCGCUACUGUUAAUGGGGACGAUGGGUCGCCCAACGGCACAAAUGCGCGAAAGCGCAAGCUGUCGCGGUCACCAGCUCCCGAUGACGCGGCAUACACGGACGAGCAGAGGUCAUUGGAGUCCCUGGUGGACAAGCUCUACGCUCGCUUUCGAGACCAGAUGAUAAAGGAGGUCAAGCAGGAAGAGGAGGACUAUGUGAGGCUGCAGGCCGAAAUCGCGCAGCUGGAGCAUGAGGAAUCCGAGGCACAAAUCCAGCAAGGGGUCGUCGCUGGAGAGUCCAGCAACAACCAGGCUCAGCCGCAGUCCGAAACGUCCAAAAAGACAGAAGAUAUAGCCGAGAAGGCGCACACUGUUCGGGCGAGCUCGCAAGCAAGACCUGCUUCAGCCGCGCCUGGCGCUGAUGCUGCCCGCGUCGUGCAGGUCGCACCGACUGCAGCAGCUCCAACAGUAGAUGUGCGGACGUCUCCCACUGUUCGGACUGGCCUGCCACCACCUCUGGCGCCCUCGCAUCCUCCCCCUCCUGCAUCUCCUGCUCCGCCUCUUGCAAGAGCAUCAGCAGAAAUACCUCAUGCAAGAUCUUCGCAACCGCCUUCAGCAGCACCACCACCGCCGCCACAACAGUCGCCCGGAGCUUUCCAUCGCACGCUACCAAUCCCGUCGCCGCAACGACCCAAUUAUGGGCCCAUCAACCCCCAGCAUUUCCAGCCUGGACCCCAGGGUCAACCUAUGCCUGUUCUGCCACCGUAUCCAGGCUCACCGCAUAUGCUACCGCCCACAGAGUAUCCCCAUCAAAAGCGUGGAAGUGCUUCACCCGCUCAAGGAAGAGGUUCUCCCGUUCCCGGCCAGCUCCAGCACCAGCAACCGUAUCCGGGGUACUCUGGCUACCCUCAACAGCCUCCCUGGCCGCAUCAUCCGCCUGCCCAACACCAAUAUGGUCAGCCUCCACAUUAUCCAAAUCAGCCAUAUUAUGCUCAAUCACCCACGAGCCGUCCUCCCAUACAGUACCGGACACCACACCAUGCACAAUAUGCGCCUUAUCCUCAAAGUGCCCCUAUCCACUACCAAGGGCAGCCACCGCUUCCUCAUGCCUGGCCACCACCUCAGCCUGGUCAGCCUUAUUAUGGGUAUCACGGUUCGCCAAACGUCACACCUGUUCCGCGAAGUGACCCGAGGCGAUCCGUACCGAGAGGAAGAUCAUCCACGCCCUGGAAGCGACGUGCUCAGCAACCCGGCGGUGUACGGCCAUCAAGCCCAGUUCGCCCCGAGAGAGAAGUUAGUCCCAUCUCAGAUACAGAGUCGGUCACCCAGGCCAAGAAAUCCCGGGGUAGCACAGAUCAGAAAGCAGAGAAGAGCCAACUCACUCCGCGAGCAGCCGCACCGCCGGUCAGAGGCCGCCAACAAGCCAGUGCCACUCCAUCCGCAUUCGCAGGAUCAAGAUCUCAAUCGAUAGCGUCCUUUGCAUCCGAUGUACCUACAAACAAGGGCAAGAAGGGUGGGACUUCUCAUAAUGUCAAAGUGGAACCACCCAGUACACCUGCGCCUGUCCCCUCUGACACGGAGCAGCAGCAGCCACAAAGGACUACGGGCCGGCGCGGGAGACCUCGUGCAAGCACAUUGACUGCCAAACCAGAGCCAGCUGUUGGUACGAACAAGCGAAAGCGCUCAGGUGAUCAUGAUUCAGCAAGCCCUCCACCUUCAGUCGCACGACAGCUACCUUCUCCAGCAGCGACGGCUUCCACGCGCGUUCAGCCUCCGUUACGCCGCCAAUUCUCGCUGUCUCUCUCAGCUGAUCCCUCGCUCGUUGCAGUCAACAAGAACUUCAGUAAGACUGCACAGCUGCUUCUUAACGAGAUCCUCUCGCAUAAGCUGGCCGGAAUUUUCGCGAAGCCGCUUUCAGAAAGGGAUGCGCCUGGGUAUAAGGACCUGGUGUUGAGACCGCAGGACCUGAAGAGCAUCAAGGCGGCUAUUUCGAAGGGCGGGAAAGCGGCAUUGGCGGCGAUUGAGGCAUUCGAGGAGAGAACAGCGAACGCAAAUGCAGGAUCAGAGGAUGCCGACGGCGAAAAGACACUCAUGCAGAACGCUCCGGCCUCGACUACGGCCCGCGGCCCGCUUGCUGGAGAGAGAGCUAUUGGAAACGGCGUCUAUCUGGUUCGAGCGUCAGAGGACCUUGUCCCGCCGAAGGCAAUUGUGAACUCGGCUCAGCUUGAACUGGAACUCGUGCGCGUGUUUGCAAAUGCAGUCAUGUUCAAUCCGCUCCCAAGCUCUGAGAGGGGCUUUGGACGCUCGCUCCGCCUACGCCGGAGAGGAGGAGAUGUUGUACCUGCAGAAGAUGACCAGCACGCCGAGAGCAGCGAAUCGGACGAUGGUAGCCCCUUCGAAGUAGGCGGCAUCAUCUCGGACACCAGGGAGAUGUUCGAGGAUGUUAUUGCCAUGGUGAGGAAAUGGAGGGAAGCCGAACUCGAACGUCUCGGCGAUGUCGGCGAAGCGGACGUGAUGUCUUCGACUCCGACAGCAGGGCCGUCCAAGCCUACGACGCAAGCGAGUGGAAGCGCGAAUCCCAGCCUGAGACGGUCCGAGAGCGAAGAGAAUGAGGACGAAACCGGUGGGGCGCCCAGUCCACCUGCCACCACGGGAACGGCCAGAAAGAGAAGACGUGUUGCGGAAUGA